AUGUGCUUUGUCCGCCGUCACGACGAAGACGCCGAGUUGCUCGAUGCCAGCCCGAUGCCGUUUGUUCCGAUUUACUUGAGACCCCAAGAAAUUGACGAAGCCGAACUCUUGAGGGACAUUGACGAAAUUAACCGGAACGCCCUCGAGCAGGACCGCCAAAUUGCGAUCCUGAACCAAGCCAUUGUUGAAUUGGUUGCUCAACUCGACCGGGACGGCGUGAACUGGGAAGAAAUGUUGGGGGUAGCUCCGCAACAACCGCGACCAGAACAAGAAGAUGAAACUGAUAUGGAAGAUAAUUAUGGCGAUGAUGACUACAUUGAUGUUGAGCAU